AUGAUAGAUCCCUUUGAGGAGAUUUCCAGGAAUCCUACCCGACAACGCAGUAGAGAUAUUUCGCCAGAUGAACGAAAGGCUAGAGAAACUCUCCGACAACUUGCAGUGACAAUUACAAUGGCUCUGUAUAUCGUUUCCCUUGCGCCUCUAUUUUGUUGGCAAUCUCAGGAUCUUAUUUCGGAUGUAUUGAACUAUUUUGUCGCUUUGGCUGUUGUCUUUGCGACCCUUAUCUAUAGUCUGCAUAACAAUCGUGUUUCGACAACGUGUUGCGCGAGAAUAAUAGCUACAAGCUUUACAAUCAUUUUUUAUUCACAUGUCUUGGGUUCGCGGUAUCUCGAUAAAAACAAGAACGACAAAGAUUUCAAUGUUGGAGGUGGAGUCAUCACUGGUACUUUGAAAGUUGAUACGAGAUACCUGAAUUGUAGCUACAUCGUGGCGGGACGUAAAUUUGGAAGGGUUACUGCAGCACUCAUGAUUUUUCUUUUUGUGAUUGAAACAUUUUGGCCUGCGAUGAUGACCAUACCAAGUAAAGAGAUACCGCGUUGGCGAAGUGUUUCUCUGAUCAUUUCCAUUAUUAUGUUUUCUAUAUCAGCCGCUUUUUCCAAGGAGCGUGAAAUCUCGUCAACGCUCAGAACAGUAAAGGCCGAUGUAGAAAGCCAGGCGAAAACAACGUUCAUGCAAAUGAUUAGUCACGAAAUAAGGACGCCCAUACAUGGGAUUUUGGCAAGUACUGAAAUACUGUGUGAAACUCCAUUGUCAUCCGCGCAGCGCGCACUUAUUCGGGCGAUUCAAAAUGCUGGAAUAAAUGUUCUUCAUAUGGCUGACCAUGCUUUAUACUUAACCAAUGAGUGGAGUCAAGAUGCCGGUUUGAUCACUAUCAACCCUAAGAAAUUUGAUCUUUACUUACUUAGCGAACAAGUCUGCGAUGGAAUGGAACUUCUUUUUGAAGUUCAAGGGAUUGAUUUCGACUUCAACUAUCAAGUGCCAUUUUCACAGUCAAUAUGUGUUGGGGAUGUUGGCGUGAUAAAACAAACGAUAAUCAACUCGAUGGGAAUUUUGCUGAACAUUUUUCUGAGUGGGAAGGUCUUACUUAACGUGAGACACCGAGGAAACCCAUCCAGUUACAAUUAUGAAUCAUGUGAUCCAUUUUUGAUAUUUGAGAUCGUAGCGAGUGGGGACUUUAAAAACACAGAAUUUAUUCAUGGGAAUUCGGAGAUCAAGUUUCUCAAAACAAUAAUCGAUGCAAUUGGCGGCACUUUCGCGUUUACAAACGCCCCAGAGGGCCAAUAUCAGAACACAUCAACUUCCUCUAUCACUUUUAACAUAGAACUUCCGAUAGAAUUUGGAAUAACGGAAGAUGAACAAAAUGAAAACAACCUUAAUCCUCUGCCAUUACGUUAUGUCAAAAUACAAGCUCAAGCCGAUAUUGAUCACUUAAAAGUUGGUGUAGUCCGAUCUGGCGAAGAUUCUGAAAUAGUAAAAAGAGUCAUUGCCUUUCUUAAUGAGUUCGGAAUGCGAUCCUACACCUAUACUUUUCCUGAUGUCAUAAGACCAGAUGAAGUUAACACAAUAAUUCUCGAUUCGUCGAGUAUCCGCGCCGAGCAAAUUCAUACCAUUUUUAAAAUCGUUAAAGAGAAUAAUACCUUUAUUAUUUGUCUCACAUUCCUUCUGAAACACGUCGAGAUUUCCGAGAAAAUCGGAUUACUUGAUAAAGAAGUCUAUUUUAUUAAUCAGCCCUUGACCGCUGUAAAAUUGCGGAACGCAUUAAUUGCCGCAGCAAACGAAAUAUUGUCAAAACAAAGAAAAAACCUAUGA